AUGAUUCCGACCGCGAUCACGCCAGAUUCCGGACGCGAUCGCGACUGGAAUCCAGUGGGAUCGAGGCCGGAUUCCAGCCUGGCCGCGUUCGAGACCGAAAUCCGGCUGCGAUCGCGCUGGAAUCCGGCUGCGAUCGCGGCCGGAUUCCAGAUGCUUCACGACCGAACUCGAUCGCAUCAGCUUCCGACGAGUUCGCGGUCGGAUUCCGGCGCGAUCGCGUCUGCAGGGCUGCCGGGCCAUCGACGGGGGCGGUCGGUCGACGGCGGGGCGCGAGGAGGCGCGAGGGUGACGCGCGAUAAUGAGCAUCAUUCCUACUUCAAGUUUUCUCCGGUGCCUCCGCUCCAUGGCAUGUGUUAUGCUGGAUCUAAUGGCAGUUGGGUUGCCAUUGUUGAUUUAGCUUUUCACGUUAGCCUUUUGAAUCCCCUUACCUGCGCUCAAAUCGAUCUCCCUUCUUUGCUUCACCUUUUCCCUUGUGAAUCUCUACCUAAUUGUGGCGGUUACAGAUUCUAUAAGACAGAUGGAAAUUCUUACUUCCAUGAAUUCGAAACUUGUCGUGACUACCGCAUAAUGAAAGUCGUCUUCUCCUCAAAUCCUACUCCCAAUAAUUAUAUGGCCAUGGUUAUUUGUAAUGGAUUUCCAUGUGCCUACACUAAAGCAGGCAUAUCCAAGUGGAUAAAUCUAGACUUUUCUAUGCGUGACAUUAUUUAUUAUAAUAGAUUAUUUUAUGCUCUAAUGGGUCCUUCAUAUAUUAUUGCGAUUGACCUAAGUGGAGAUGAUCCGAUCAAAAGAGUUAUCAUUGAUGAUGACAUUGAAUUCUUCGACUCCUUACCAAUCUGUAAAUAUCAUUAUCAUUACUUGGCAUUCUCAAGUACUGGCGAACUAUUCCUAAUUCUGAGACGUGCAGAAUAUGUUUAUCUAGAUCCUGAUGAUGAUGAUGAUGAUGAUGAUGAUGAUGAUGAUGAUGAUCCAAUAAAGCAUGAGACCAUAGGAUUGAUGGUUUUCAAGUAUAAUUGUGAGAGUAGUUCCUAUUGGGAUGAAGUUAGAUGUUUGGGAAACAAGUCUAUUUUUGUAGGCAUGAAUAAUGCUUAUUUAUUAUCGAUCGAAGAUUUUGCUGGACUCGAAGCAAAUUGUAUCUACUUCACUGACACUUGGGAGGGAUCAAGAUGCAAUGCAGAUAAAGGAAGAUCAAAUUUAGAUAUUGGCGUCUUCAAUUUGGAACAAAAAAAGUUUCAGCGUUAUUGCUUGCCAUAUGAAAUUACGUUACCUCCGCCAAUCUGGUUCAUUCCAUCGAUGUAA